CUCUAGCGUUCUGCAUCUUAUGUGCUGCCAAUUUUGAAGGGGUUGUGGAGUAGCUGCUUCGGGACUAAACGUGUGCUCCUCUAUAAGCCCUGGCUCCUCUUCACCUUUCUUCCUUGGCUGUCUCCUUCAGCAGCUGUUUUCUUGUAAACUGGGAAGCCAGGCUUUUUCUCCAUCCUUGCGUCACAAGCUGGAACUUACUGACUCAUACAAGUGCACGCCCAUACGCACGCACGCACGCACACUCUUUGCUGUCUGUGCCCUAUCCCACAAUCAUCUUGCUGUUGACUGUUUACUGACCCCCUUUUGGACUGAGAACUGUUUUCCCACUCUUUCACUUGGCAGCUAUGAUUGUGUGUUCACAUUUCUGUGUGAAAGACUCCUGACUGCUCGGUGCAAUGCUUUCAUGGAGUCACAUACCCCCUGGUAGAAGAGUUGACUAUAUCCAUGCCAAAUGAGUUAACGUCAGGAUAUACCACUUAAUUAUUAGGAUCCUUAGUGCAUUCAUCCCCUCCCCUUAUCCUCUCUUUCCCUUAAGACCACCUCACUAUGGGCCAGAAGAUUGCAGUGAGCAUUAAGUCAGUGGACGGGGAGCCUUCAUACAGCCCCGUGCGACAAGGACCGCGAGGUCCAGAUUUCUGCCGGCCACCCAGACUGGAUUUACUGCUGGACAUGCCCCCGGCCAGUGCCGAGACUCAGCUACGCCACGCCUGGAAUCCCGAUGAUCGGUCUCUCAACGUCUUUGUCAAAGAAGACGAGAAGCUGACGUUCCACCGACACCCAGUAGCCCAGAGCACAGACUGUAUCCGAGGCAAAGUGGGCUACACUAGGGGCCUCCAUGUUUGGAGUAUACACUGGCCAGCCAGACAGAGAGGCACUCAUGCCGUUGUAGGAGUGGCCACAGUCGAAGCACCUUUACACUCAGUGGGAUACACCGCCUUGGUGGGAUCAGAUUCCGAAUCCUGGGGCUGGGACCUGGGUCGAAACAGACUCUACCACGAUGGAAAGAAUCACCCCGUUUCUUCGACAACUCCCACAUACCCUUGCUUCCUUGAGCCAGAUGAGUCCUUUGUGCUCCCAGACUCCCUGGCAGUAAUACUUGAUAUGGAUGAGGGCUCAUUGAGCUUCAUGGUGGACGGACAGUAUUUGGGAGUGGCUUUUCGAGGGUUAAAAGGCAAGCGACUGUAUCCCAUUGUCAGUGCUGUGUGGGGACACUGUGAAGUGACGAUUCGCUACGUCAACGGACUAGAUCCGGAACCCCUCCCACUCAUGGAGCUAUGUAGAAGAGUAGCUCGCCUGACUCUGGGUAGGGAGCGCAUCCAUCACAUCGACACGCUCCCGCUGCCUCAGACUCUCAAGAACUACCUCCAGUACCAGUGACAAAGUCCGCCCGCACACUCUCACUGGAACUCCAACGUGGGAGGUACUGUUCACCUGUUACUCUCACUGCGACCCUUCCAAUUGAACUUGAUUAAAACCCCAGAUAUCUGCUGAAAACGUCAACAAGGGCGUUGACUGUGACUAGAAGAUAAGCAUGAAUAUGAUGCAAUGUUUUUAUUCUCCUGUUUCUUCGUGGAAAGGAUUAUAGGAUUUUAUGAAUGCGAUUAAAUGAAAUGUCUUCUGCUAAUCACAGGCGUAAGCAAAUGAGUCAAAUGAAGAUACCUCAAGGCCUUAAUUGCUGUAUCUACCUGCAGGCAGCCAAAUAUUGUAUAGAUUUGCAGUCUUACCUACUUCCCACUUCCAUUUUUUCUUUCUCAGUUGAUAGAAACCUCUAACAGACUUGAUGAACUCAAAGGGCCAUGCGCUAUCACCGAUUUGACCAUUAGUUACUUUUAGAGUUGUAAGUGCUGUUUUUUUUUUAACCAUUAAAUGGUGUUAAAUUUGGGUUUCACCCCUAAAAUACUUUUUAAAACUAUUUUUAUCUCUACAUAUUUUGAGAUUUUUUUUGUCUCCAGGGCAUGAUCUCGCAGGGAUUGGAAAACGUUAAGGUCAUAAGCAUAUUUUAAAUGUGAAUAACAAUAAACUUGGCAAAACUUACGCCUCCUUACAAUG